AUUGGGUAUUGUUGCAUGUUUGUCACGCCUAAGUAAUGGUCAGUGAAGAAUGUCACUCUGCCACAAUGUACAGUACAUGUAUACAACUUGACUUAUUUAGUGAUGGAUAAAGAUUUUUAACUGAUGAUCACUAUAUUUCAGAUCAAGUCCAAAGUGGUUUACCCAGAAAUCCUCAACCAAACAUUUCCCAACUUAACAAUAGAUGGCAGCAGCGCGUUGGUUUUCAACCCUGCGUCAGUAAUUCUAGGAGGAAUCCCAAGAUUUCAGUCCAUUACUGCGAUGGCAACUGUUGAGAUCGAGGCCAAGUGUAAAAGUCAAGCUGCCAUACGGCGCCUUCUUCCCAACGCCACCUACGGCACCAGUACCACAUGCAAGGGUAUUAACCAGGAUGCCUUCCGGGUAGCUUUAACUUUCUCGUCCAAUAUUGCCAAGAUAAGAUACGGUCUUCGCGGAAGAGACAUCGCAUUCAGCGACGACGUGCUGUCACAGUCUGUGGAAGAGUGGAACUUUUCCUCCAUCGGUCUUGGUUAUCUUCCAGGGAAUGCAACACCAGGCUUUAUUGUGACGUCACCGGCUUACGUCACACCUGUACAACCGAAACCGGGACACCUUUCUGGCGUUCAUUUCUGUAAGCUGCUGUCUCCACUGAGGGCGCUUGAAUGGAUAUAUGUGGACAGUUUGAAACCUUAUCGGACCUAAUUUAAAGUUACGUACGUAUCCUGUUGACCAAAAGCAGGCUUAAUAACGACUAUGUUCAAUUGUGGUCGUUUUCUGAUAACGUAAAAUAAAUGUUUUGUGGGAUGCAAUGCUAUUUCUGGUUCCUUGAUGUUCUUUGCUACCUGGUAUAAGUCAAGCAUAAUAUCAUAUACAAUUUCCUCUGCUAGACAGCAUGCAUCAUAUCACGUGAGCCUCACGAGCUUGUGGCUGGUUAUACGCGGGCUCGAUAUAUCUAAGAAACCGCAAAAUCUUGUUAAUUUACCGCAUGACUAUUCCAUCUUUUGUCAUCCGGUAUGCAACAAAUGUUUGUCUGUUUUUAGCGUUCCAUGAAAAAUGAACAUAGAUUACAAUCAUAUCGCAGUAAAUGUGGUGUAAUUGUUAGUAAAGUGAAACCAUGGUUUACGGAGACACGUCCAUUUCUACCUAACCUACAUAGCGAAAUGAACCAGAUAAGAUAAGAAAGGCAAAUAUAUAUGUUUAGGCAGCUGUAAUUGUAACAUAGGUAUAGUUUUACAUGCUGCACAUAGUCAUGCUCUUAUCAUAUUGUAUUACACAAUGUUUUAAUCACCCUUUUCAUGAAAGGAAUGACUAAAUUUGUAUAAAUUGUAAGGAGUCCAUAGAUAUAUGC